CGCAGUGUGCAAGCGGCACUCAGCUGAUGGGAGGGGUGAAAGCUUGCAGACAGGAGACAGGAUCCAUGGCAACAAUCAUGGCAGAGGCAGAGACCCGUCAGAGGCUGCUGCGCACCGUCAAGAAGGAGGUGAAGCAGAUUAUGGAGGAAGCUGUCACCAGGAAAUUUGUUCACGAAGACAGCAGCCAUAUUGUGUCCUUUUGUGCUGCAGUGGAGGCAUGUGUUCUGCAUGGGCUGAAACGUCGGGCAGCGGGCUUUCUGCGCAGCAACAAGAUAGCGGCACUCUUCAUGAAGGUGGGGAAGAGCUUCGCCCCGGCUGAGGAGCUGUGCAGGAAGGCCCAGGAGCACGAGCAGAUCAUCGAGACAAAACGAAGUCAAAGCUUGCAAAGUCAGGACAGCCUUCGCAAGAUGCCCCGACUGCCCAGCCUCACCCCACAGGGAGUCAGGAACCUGUGGAUCCGGACGGCUCUAUUUGAGAAGGUGCUGGACAAGAUUGUUCUCUACCUGGUGGAGAACAGCAGUAAAUACUACGAGAAAGAGGCUGUUCUAAUGGACCCUGUGGAUGGACCUAUCCUUGCCUCUUUGUUAGUGGGACCUUGUGCUUUGGAGUACACCAAGAUGAAGACAGCCGACCACUUCUGGACAGACCCGUCUGCUGAUGAGUUGGUGCAAAGACAUCGUAUCCAUGGUGGCCACUGCAGACAGGAUUCUCCCACUAAGAGGCCUGCACUGUGUAUCCAGAAGCGGCACUCCAGCAGCAGCAUGGAUGAACGCCCCUCCCCAUCACCAUCAGCUCGUGAAUAUGUGGAGUCCCUGCAUCAAAACAGCAGGGUGACCCUACUGUUUGGCAAAAACAAUGUGCUUGUACAACCGAGGGAUGACAUGGAGGCUAUCCCAGGUUACCUCUCUCUGCACCAGAAUGCUGACAUCAUGACCCUGAAGUGGACGCCCAAUCAGCUCAUGAAUGGCUCCGUUGGAGACCUGGACUAUGAACGCAGUGUAUACUGGGACUAUGCCAUGACGAUCCCUCUAGAGGAGAUAGUUUACUUACACUGUCAUCAACAAGUUGACAGUGGGGGGACGGUUGUGCUGGUCAGUCAGGAUGGGAUCCAAAGACCGCCACUUCGCUUCCCUAGAGGUGGCCACUUGCUCCAGUUCCUCUCCUGCCUGGAAAAUGGCCUGCUUCCUCACGGCCAGCUGGACCCUCCACUCUGGUCCCAGAGGGGAAAGGGAAAGGUGUUUCCCAAGCUGCGGAAUAGGGUUCCUCAGGGAUCUGGAUCCACAGACUCGGUCUCGGAUAAGGAGGAGGACGAGGCCACAGACUAUGUCUUCCGCAUCCUCUUUCCAAACAGCCAGUCAGAGUUUGUGACUGUAACCCAUCCUCCCCAUCUGACUUCCUCCCUCUCCCUUCAACUGAGCGGACAGUCCCCCUCCAAAACAGGAACCCUGGUUGUACCCAAGAGGUCCUGCAGCUGUCCUGAAGAAUCCCCCUCACUCACAGGAAGCAGCUUGACUCCACCAGACUUGAUGGAUCAGGGAGCUUCAAUGUGGCAUCCCACUCUCAGGAAGUCCUCAUGUUCCUCUUGUUCUCAGGGGAGCUACUCUGAUGGGGCCGCACCCAAGGGGUGCAACCAUGAGAGGGCUCCUCUGAAGCUGCUGUGCGACAACAUGAAGUAUCAGAUCAUCUCUCGGGCAUUUUAUGGCUGGUUGGCAUACUGCCGUCACCUGUCCACUGUGCGUACACACCUUUCUGCUCUCGUCAAUCACACCAUUGUGGCGCCCGACGUGCCGCGCGAUGCCUACAAAGGGCUGACCACAGACGUGUGGCAGACGUUCCUCCAGGACUGCACAGCAUACGAGGAGAAGGAGCUGCUUCGUCUGGUCUACUUUGGUGGUGUAGACGCCUCGCUGCGUAAAGAGGUGUGGCCUUUCCUGCUGGGUCAUUAUCAGUUUGGGAUGUCUGAAGCUCAGAGGAAGGAGGUGGACGAACAGGUCCGAGUGUGCUACCAACAGACCAUGCGUGAGUGGCUCGGAUGCGAGGAGAUUGUCCGCCAGCGGGAGAAGGAGCAGCAUGCAGUAGCGUUAGCGAAGUGCACGUCUGGAGCGAGCAUAGACAGUUCAAGUCAGAAGAUGAUCCACCAUGACUCCACCGUCAGCAAUGAGUCCCAGUCCUCCCAGAGCUCAGACAGGCAGAGUCUGGCUCGCCUGCAGAGCGACUCCAGCAGCAGCACACAGUUCUUCACAUCCUCCCAUCCCUUCCCCUGGAGUAGCCUGCUUCCCUUUGGCUUGUUCUUUCAGGUGUUUGAGUCCGUAGAGGAGGUAGACCAGAUCGAGACGGAGCCCAAGAACGAAGAGGCCAAACAGAUGCCAAAGAUGCCCAAUGGAGCUCUGCAGAACGGGACAAGCUCUCCAGACUCUGGACAUCCCUCCUCCCGCAACUUCUCUGUCACCUCCGGCCUGUCAGACGGCUCACUCAGCACAGAGGACAGCGCCGCGCCUGAUACAACCCCGAGAUCUUCAGCUGUCUCUCAGGUGCCACAGAGCCCUGUCAAACCUGCAGUGGUAGAACGCGAAGAUGUGACAGAGGGAAUGGACAGCCAGGUGAAAGGUACAGUGAAGGACAAAGAGGAGGAGGAAGAGGAGGGGACAGCACCUGAUGGGGCCAAAACUGCAGAAAAUACCAAGGCUGAGGUCAUGGGUGACAGCGUGAUCCAACCAUUGGAAGAGGGGCUGGUGACAGUCAACAAAGAGACAAGUCUGCAAACUAAAACACAAGAAACUGUUGAGGAGUCUGGAGCAGUUAAAACAGAGGGGACCAAGUGUGAAGACGCACUGGCAGACAUUAAAGGAAUUAACUCUUUAGAGUCAGGAGGAACAGAAAAAGAAGUGUCCGAUCGGGAUACCACGAUGGUAUCAGCAGCUGCUACAGAAUCCAAAGGAGAACUCGCUGAGCAAAGUCUUAAAAAAGACGUAGAAGUGAGUGUUGAGGGAACAUCAAGGCUCAAGAAAACUGCAGAAACAAAUGCGGAAAUGGAAGAAUCAAAGACAAGUAAUCCACAGGACGUUUUGUUGGCAGAAAAAGAAAAUAUAUCAGUCGAUCCCGUGGCUCCUGCAGUUGAAAAGAACCUUGUUUUCUCAGCAGACAGCGCAGUCUUGAGAGCAAGAGAAACCUACUUUACCUCUCAGAAAGACGAGGCUGAUGCCAUGACUGAAUCUGAUGAGUCUCCCUCAGCCAUAGAGAUGGAGGAGAUCCCCAAAGCCAAAGUUUCCAUGGUGCCUUGGAGCAGGAAGGGACACUGUGAAGCAUCGUCUUUCUCUGAGGACUCAGCCCCUCAUGUGGAGCUCAGGCAGGAGGAGGAGCAUGGAAAGCCCAGUCCAGAGGGCACAGAGUCCAAUCUGUCGGAGGAGCCAGAGAUGGAGAGCCUUUACCCUAACUUUGAGUCUCUGGCCGGAUCUGAAAACACCAAGAAUGAAGCGCCCUCUCAAGAAUCUGCUGGGAGUUCCUUCUCUCAAGAGCUUUUGGACUUGUAUACAUUAAAUCUGCACCGCAUUGAAAAGGACGUCCAGCGCUGUGACAGAAACUAUUGGUACUUCACUCCCGCCAAUCUGGAAAAACUGCGCAACAUUAUGUGCAGUUAUAUCUGGAGGCACCUUGACAUCGGUUACGUACAAGGCAUGUGUGAUCUGCUGGCUCCACUUCUAGUCAUUCUGGAUGACGAGGCCAUGGCUUUCAGCUGUUUCACUGAACUCAUGAAGAGAAUGAAUCAAAACUUUCCACACGGAGGAGCGAUGGACACUCACUUUGCCAACAUGCGCUCUCUAAUCCAGAUCCUGGAUUCUGAGCUGUUUGAGUUAAUGCACCAGAACGGAGACUACACCCACUUUUACUUCUGCUACCGCUGGUUUCUCCUAGACUUCAAGCGAGAGCUGGUGUAUGAUGACGUGUUUGCAGUCUGGGAAACCAUCUGGGCAGCCAAGUAUGUCUCUUCUAGUCACUUUGUCCUCUUCAUUGCCCUGGCGCUGGUGGAGAUCUACAGGGACAUCAUCCUGGAAAACAACAUGGACUUUACUGACAUCAUUAAGUUCUUCAAUGAAAUGGCCGAGCACCACAACAUAAAGCAGAUUCUGACCCAGGCCAGAGAUCUGGUGUGCAAGGUGCAGAUGCUGAUAGAGAACAAGUGAUUGUACUGUGUGUGUCUUCUUUUCCUUCCAAGUAAAGUGUGAACGGCUGUAGCAGCACAAGAGUAAAAUACAUACGAGCACACACGCUCUCGCACACACACACACACACACACACACACACACACACACACACCCACUACACAAAGCCUUUACAAUCACAGUUUGCUGCUAUGAGCCUUAUUGACUGUAUCCACGAUGUUGUUUGUGUCGUCAACAGGUGUAUGAGAAUAUUAUGCUUCAUAUUUGUCAGUAUGUUCAAGUGAAAAACAAAAUGUAUCUGGGGAAAAAAAACUAUUUCUUUAAUUUCUAAAUAUUUUUGUCAGAAAUCCUUUUAAAGUGUCAGUCUUAAUCCGAGUGCACUUAAUAUUUUGAGAUAAGGAUGGUUUUAGUUGCACAUUUCAAAACCAAAAUGCAGAGCUGAAUUCAAACCAGAGACUAUAUUUAUGAGAAAGAAUACAUUGUGAUAAUAGAUUAUAAUAAUUAUUUUAAUAGUCUAGAAUAAACUUUAAAUAUAUUAGCAAGUUACCCCCCCCCUCCGUUUUCCUGUCCCUUAAUGAAGGAAAGAAUGUCAGCAGACUUUUAAUUUUCUUUAAACACCCCAAAAAUCGAAUUAAUUUUCAUUGAUGACUGAUUCAGAACACCAAAAUGUUUCCCAAACUCUGUUACGUUUCAACACGACUCAAGAAUAUUUUAGCUUUUAGCACCAUGUCAGUGAUUUUAGCAUCCAACAGUGUUUUUAAUGUCCUUUAACUGCCUUGUCUGCCAAAUAUACUGUCUUUAUUUGUUACGUGUGAAAUGUACUGUACUGAGAGAAAAAAUGUGUUUUAACUUAUGAGGAUUAUAUUAUGUUAACACUUGUAAAAUCAUAACCUAAUAUUUAAGUGACUUAUGGAUGUUUGGACGGAGAUUUAUAUAAAUCAACAAGCCUGAUUUUGAUCUUGAGUUAUUUUUCAUGAUCCAGUGAACCACUGUACAUUUUGUACAUUUUGAUUUAUUUAUUUGUUUUGUCUUGUAUUGUCUGCCACUAUAGUUUAUUGAAUCAAAUGUUAAUUUAAGCUUUUAAUACAUGGUUGAAUAUGGAAGAUCAGACGUGACGGUGAUAAUAUUUAGUCACAGUGACCAAAUUAAAACGUUUUGUGGUUCCACGUUGUUCAGAUUAUUUAGUGUGAGUGACUUAAAAUGAAAAUGAAAGGUACAGUAUGACAAAUAUUCAAUUAAAAUAGUUAUAAAUUAAAUGAUCUGAUGUUUUGAGGGAAGCUGUUUUGGCAGAUUUGGGGCUUGUGAGGACAAACAAUAUAUAUUUUAACCCCUAAACUUCGUACUAAUGUUGGUCUCAGUUACCGACCGGCUAUCAUUCAUUGUCUAAAACUUCAAUGAGUUGGUCUUCAAGUGUUGCUUCAUGAAUGUGGUAAGAUGAAUUGCUUUUAAUAUUGGUGUUUCUUUGUGAAUGCUAACUGCUGUCGGUUAAAAAAAAAAAAUUCUAUUAAUUUAUUGUGACAUUUAUUUGCCAAAGUAUGUAUUUAUUUAUUUAUUCAUUCAUUUUCAUAUGCUGCUUUGUUUGUAAAGCUGAUAUUUUUAUUUUGUAGCCAGUUCUUCUAAAUGUGUAUUGUAAAACAAUAAAAUUAUAUAUUAAGAAUCCUAAUAUAUAUAUACACAAAAUGGUAUAUGUUCUUAUAAUAAAAAUAAUAAAAAUGGAA